AUGGAUGAGUUCCACCCGUUCAUCGAGGCGCUGCUGCCUCACGUGCGCGCCUUCGCCUACACCUGGUUCAACCUGCAGGCGCGGAAGCGCAAGUACUUCAAGAAGCACGAGAAGCGGAUGUCCAAGGACGAGGAGCGCGCGGUGAAGGACGAGCUGCUGGGCGAGAAGGCCGAGGUGAAGCAGAAGUGGGCGUCGCGGCUGCUGGCCAAGCUGCGCAAGGACAUCCGGCCCGAGUGCCGCGAGGACUUCGUGCUGGCCAUCACCGGCAAGAAGGCGCCGGGCUGCGUGCUCUCCAACCCCGACCAGAAGGGCAAGAUGCGCCGCAUCGACUGCCUGCGCCAGGCCGACAAGGUGUGGCGGCUGGACCUGGUCAUGGUCAUCCUCUUCAAGGGCAUCCCGCUGGAGAGCACCGACGGCGAGCGCCUGGUGAAGGCGGCCCAGUGCGGCCACCCGGUGCUCUGCGUGCAGCCGCACCACAUCGGCGUGGCCGUCAAGGAGCUCGACCUCUACCUAGCCUACUUCGUGCGCGAGAGAGACGCAGAGCAGAGCGGCAGUCCCCGGGCCGGGAUGGGCUCUGACCAGGAGGACAGCAAGCCCAUCACGCUGGACACAACUGACUUCCAGGAGAGCUUUGUCACCUCUGGUGUGUUCAGUGUCACCGAGCUCAUCCAAGUGUCCCGGACACCUGUGGUGACUGGAACCGGACCUAACUUCUCACUGGGUGAGCUGCAGGGGCACUUGGCAUAUGACCUGAAUCCAGCCAGCACCGGCAUGAGAAGAACGCUACCCAGCACUUCCUCCAGCGGGAGCAAGCGGCACAAAUCGGGCUCGAUGGAGGAAGACGUAGACACCAGCCCCGGCGGCGAUUACUACACCUCGCCCAGCUCUCCCACGAGUAGCAGCCGAAACUGGACGGAGGACAUGGAAGGAGGCAUCUCAUCCCCGGUGAAGAAAACAGAGAUGGACAAGUCACCUUUCAACAGCCCGUCUCCCCAGGACUCACCGCGCCUCUCCAGCUUCACCCAGCACCACCGGCCCGUCAUAGCCGUGCACAGUGGGAUCGCCCGGAGCCCGCACCCGUCCUCGGCCCUGCACUUCCCCACCACCUCCAUCCUGCCCCAGGCGGCCUCCACCUACUUCCCUCACACAGCCAUACGCUACCCCCCUCACCUCAACCCCCAGGACCCGCUCAAAGAUCUCGUCUCGCUGGCCUGCGACCCUGCCAGCCAGCAGCCUGGACCGUCCUGGUAUCUGGGAUAA